GCGGCGGCUGCGGCGCUGGCGGUGGCUGCGGCAGCGGCGGCAUUUUAGUCGGCAGCGGCGGCGGCAGCGGGGCUGCUGCUCCUCCCAGCAUCCCUGGCGCGGCCAUUUCAGCCCCAUCUUGGCCGAGGGGAGGGAGCUGCAGCCGCCGCUUCAGCAGUUUGAAUUUCAGUUUCUCCAGGGCCUGCGAACCGGGCGCACCGAGGAAGAAUCAAAGAAGCCACCGCAGCUACCUCACACAGCCGGCGCGCCGCCGCUAGCCGGCCUGCCGGCCGCCGCCCCUCACUCUGAGGAGCCGCGAGGGGAAGGCCGAGACCGCCGCCACCGCCCGCCCGCGGGGGUGGCUCCCCCUGUGUAGGGGAGGACCGAGCCGGCUUUCCCCUCCCCCGGAGCAGGUUUCCGCCUGAGGCAGUCGACAUGUCCCUGGGGCUGAGCUCCGGCUAGAGCCGGGGAGGGAGGGCCGCCCGCCCGUGCCGAAGCUCGCCACCCGCCCGCGGCUCCUGGCUGAAUCAGGAAUCCCUGGCUCCGGACUCGCCACUCCUGCUCCUGCUGUCCUCGGCGUCCGAGAGCCCGGAGCUGACGCCGGCACUGGUUCCAAGAGUCGGAGCGGGGCAGCACCGCCCCUCACGCCGCCGCCGCCUCCCCUUCGCCCUCCCACUCCCACCCCCAGCCUAGGCCUGCUGACCGCGCCGAGCUGGAUUGACCACGGCGGCCCGAAGACGCGAGGAGGAAGCAGCUGACCCGCCCCUGGGAUCGUGCUCUCGCCGCCACUGGGGGGAUUGAACUGAGGCGCCGCGACUGCGGGAGGCGAGAAGGAAGGAGGAGCCGCCGCACGAGUGAGACGGGGCCAGAGCCGAAGAGACCGACUCCGAUAAGGAAACGGGAGGAGGAUGUCUCACGGAGCGGCCGGCGCCCGGAUCAGCCCGUGACUCUUAACAGCGACGGGCCUCAGACCCCUGCACGGACGCGGACUUUUGUCUUUGGGGGCCAGUGUUCUGCCCUUCCUGGUUUCCGGUAAGAUCGCGGAGGAGCCGGCGUGCCUCUCUGCCCUCCAGCCUUCCUCACCAUGUCCAAGAUGCCGGCCAAGAAGAAGAGCUGCUUCCAGAUCACCAGUGUCACCACGGCCCAGGUGGCUACUAGCAUCACCGAGGACACCGAAAGCCUGGACGACCCGGAUGAGUCACGCACAGAGGACGUUUCUUCCGAGAUAUUCGACGUUUCUCGGGCCACGGAUUACGGCCCCGAGGAGGUCUGCGAGCGCAGCUCCUCCGAAGAGACGCUCAACAAUGUUGGGGAUGCGGAGACUCCCGGGACCGUCUCCCCCAACCUCCUCCUGGACGGACAGCUGGCGGCCGCGACAGCCGCUCCGGCCAACGGAGGAGGAGCCGUUUCGGCCCGGAGCGUGGCCGGGGUGCUGCCCAGCACCGUGUCGCCGGCCGCCACCUCAGUCCCCUCCUCAGGGGCCCCCGGCGCUCCCCCGGUCACGGGCCCGUCCGCCACGCCAGGAACUGCCGCCUCAUCACAGCCCCCCACCACUUGUAGUUCGCGUUUUCGCGUGAUCAAGCUGGACCACGGCAGCGGGGAGCCUUACAGACGCGGCCGAUGGACGUGCAUGGAAUACUAUGAGCGGGAUUCCGAUAGCAGCGUCCUGACCCGGUCCGGGGAUUGCAUUAGGCACAGCAAUACUUUUGACCAGACUGCGGAGCGGGACAGUGGCCUGGGCGCCACCGGAGGGUCGGUGGUGGUGGUGGUGGCCUCCAUGCCGGGCGCGCACGGGCCCGACUCGGGAACUGACAGCUCCUUGACUGCUGUGUCACAGCUACCCCCGUCGGAGAAAAUGAGCCAACCCGCCCCGGCCCCGCCGCAGAGUUUUGGCGUUGGGCAGCCGCAGCCGCCGCCUCCGCCCGUAGGUGGGGCUGUGGCUCCAAGCUCGGCUUCGUUGCCGCUGUUCCCGGGAGCCGCGGCCGCGCCGCCGCAGAGGUUGGCAGCCCCGCCGCCCAGCCAGGCCCAGGGCGCCGGGCCCCCGGGGCCCAACGGACAGGGCCUGCCGCUGACGAAUGUAACCCUGGCGCAGCCCGGCCUGGCCGUGGGCGCUGCCACCGCGCCCCCGCCCCAGCAGUUCGCGUAUCCUCAGCCUCCAAUGCCGCCGGGCCAUCUGCUGCCCGUCCCGCCCGCCGGCCAGAGUGAGUACCUGCAGCCGCACGUGGCCGGCCUGCAGCCGCCCAGCCCUGCGCAGCCCUCUUCCGCGGGCGCAGCAGCGGGUCUCCCCGCGGGCACCGGCCAGAACGCCGCCUCCGCUGGCGCGCAGAUGAUGGGUGCGCCCUCCUUGCCCGGAGAAGCGGUGGCCCCUGGGCCGGGCCCCGCGCCCGGAGGACCGGCCGCGCCCGGUCAGCCGGCCGGAGUGCCCCCGGCUGCAGUGGGAGGCACGGCGCCGUCGGGCCUGGUUCCCGCUGGGGUCGGGCAGCCGCAGGCCGCGCCUCCGCCGCAGAUGGGUGGCAGCGGCGCGCCGUCGGUCGUGCCCGGCGGCCCUCUCGCCGUGGUGCCCGGAGUUGCCAACGUGCCUGCAGCCGCGCCCGCUCCCAGCGUGCCUAGUGUGCCGACCACUUCUGUUACUAUGCCAAAUGUCCCCGCGCCCCUGGGCCAGGCGCCGCCGCUUUGCAGCCAGCCUCCGGUCAGCAGGAGCGGCAGCAGCAUCCAGCACGUGGGGCUGCCCUUGGCGCCCGGCACAGCCAGUGCCCCGACGAGUCUACCGCAGUCUGACCUGAGCCAGUUUCAGACUCAGACCCAGCCUUUAGUCGGGCAAGUUGACGAUACUAGAAGAAAAUCAGAACCCCUACCUCAACCACCACUUUCUCUCAUUGCUGAAAAUAAGCCUGUUGUGAAGCCUCCUGUUGCAGAUACCCUGGCAAACCCCCUUCAGUUAACACCUAUGAACAGUCUCGCCACCUCUGUAUUCAGCAUAGCUAUUCCUGUUGAUGGUGAUGAAGACAGGAAUCCUUCAACUGCUUUCUACCAAGCGUUCCAUUUGAACACGGUUCAGGAAUCAAAGAACCUCUGGGAUAGAUCCUAGAAAUAUUUAAGGUAUCGGAAGUGAGGCAAGUUGCUAUAUCUAUAGUUUCUCAUGGAUUGAAAAUACUUCGUCUUCUUCUUGGAGCUCUUUUGUCCAGAGCCAGAGAAGUGCAGUGGGUACUUGGAGAGUUGUCUGUAGUUGUUAGUGCCAAAAUGUAAUCAGAACUUUCAUUCUAGAUCAGCCAUUCUUCACUGGAAAUUGACAUGUUGUUACCAAGAUGAUGAACUCAACCCUGUGGAAACUGACUGGUUUCCCUUUAGCUUUUCAUCUAGCUUAAUUUUCAGUUGAGAAGAGGAGUAGUGGCUGGCGUUGUUAGUCUAAGCACCCACAGCUUUAGUUGGAUGCUUACGGUUUAGUUACUAAACCUUUUAGUAGUUUAAUACCUGGUAAAGUGUUGUGGGACUGUUUAUUCUUCUUCAUUGCAGACAGAGGUUGAAGAUUAAUCUGUGUUAAGCUUUGAAAAAUGUCUCACCAAAUUGCCUUGUUCAUUUUUGACUAUUACAAAUUUAGGCUUUUUAAAAUAUUACUAAUUUGGCAAGUCAGUAUUUUUUAAGGAUGAUAUUAUUAAAUAGAACCCAUUAAAGGAUUUAAGGGGCUAUACACUCCUUACAUCAUUUACUCACUAAGAGGUAUACAUUUGUCUUUCAGUAUAGAUAUAAUGGUUUUUCAGGCUCCCGUUUAUGAAAUCUUGGAAAUCAUUUUCAGUAGGGGCAGCUUUUAAGCCCUGUGCCAAUUUUUAUUAAACCUGCCCUAGAUAUCUGAAGAUUCUUGGGUUCACCUUACUCAAAAGACUGGGAUCUUUUUUUUCUAGAAUUCUUUUAGCAGACUAUCUUUUAAUCAAAAUAUAGGUAACUAAUAUAUCUUUCUCACAUUGACUUAGAGCUGUCUAAUGGCCUUUUUGUUUUCUCUACUAUUUAGAUUAGAAUUAGCAAGCUGAGAGACUUUGUGUCAGUCUGCCUCUGCCUAUAUUUAGAUAGUUCCUCUUUCUGUUGAUAUCCAAUGCUUUAUUCAGUUAUUAUACUGAAGUCGAAGCUCCUGUCAAGCCUUCCUUUCCUUUUCCUGUAGGUGCCAUCAUUUUCUGUCUUCCCCCAUUUGUUAUUUGCAAAGUCCUCAGGGAAUCAGUCAGCUGAAACCAUCACCAAAUAAAGAACAAUAGAUUCUAAUAGCUAAAAUAAUACAACUUUUUCUUAGGAAACCCAAAUUAAUUGCAUUGACUAUUUUAUUAAAAUGAAUAAUGUAGCUUCCAGGUUUCACCUUUUAAGCUCUGUGCCAAUGUUUAGUGAUAACCUAGCCCGUUGGCAUUUCAGAACAGUAACUUGAAAAUUUGAUUUCCUAUUUUUCUUCUUUAAAAAACCAACUUUCCAAACUUAAUCAUUGGCAUUGCUUUGUUGCAUCACAGAAUUAGUUUAGAAAGUUACCCUGAUAAUCACUAGGGGAUAGGCGCUCACUGGGAGUCCUUUGUGUGCAUAAGCUAAGGGUAAGAAUUUAUAGCAAACAACUUUUACCCUGUUGUAAAUAUCAAAUCAGGAAGAUAAAGGAGUACUAAAGGGAAGAGACUUUACCUCAGGUAGACUAAAGAAAAAAAUCAGGUAGCUUGUAAGGAUUUAUCCUUAUUGAUAAAUACUUAGAAAUGUUUCUGCCUUAACGAAGAAAAUACUUAAAAUGUAGUUAACAGAGUAACAGUGGCUAGGUACACCGUCCUCUUGAGUCGUUUUGUCCUUCCUUAUGACAGCAGUAAUAUUUAAAAGAGAAAUGAAUAAGGGAAGUAGUGUACAUGAAUUAUUAGCUUAAAAUGAAUAAGUCUUUGGGUCUUUUACUUGGCUACUUGAUGAUUUCAAUUAAGUCUUUAUAGUGAUUAUUUACUUUCCUCUAUUUAUAUCUGGUUUCUAAAUUGUUGCAUUAAAAUGUUCUAAUUAAAUAAUGUCAAGUAUUUUGUGUUAGGAGUAUCCCAAGUGGCUCAGUGGUAAAGAAUCUGCCUGCCAAAGCAGGAGAUGCAGGUUUGAUCGCUGGGUUGGAAGAUUGCCUGGAGAAGGAAAUGGCAACCACUCCAGUAUUCUUGCCUGGGAAAUCCCAUGGAUAGAAGAGCCUGGUGAGCUACAGCUUAUGGGUUGGCAAAAGAGCCUAAUACAGCUUAGCAAUGAAACAACAACAAAUUUUGUGUUAGAAAAGGUGUCCAACACUUCCUAUGGUUAUGAGAUUCAGGAGUAAAUCAGAACUAAACUAUGAGACGAUUUGUUGUCUCCUCCUCCAGGAAACUUGGAUACAUCAUUAACACCCACUUAUUAACCCAAAUGGGAAAAAAUCAAGUUUCAAGAACUAACCACGGUGGGCUGCUUGUUAGAUUGUAACUGGUUACUGUGUUCUCUGAUAAUCACACUUGUAAGUGCUUUGAGGAUAUGAGCCCAAGCUGUUGUGUAACCAUACCAAAUACAUCUCUUAAUAAUUUGUACCUUAAGUCUUACGUAAUUUAUUAUCUGAUUGUAUUUUGACCAAUUCCAAUUAAGAGUAUCUAGUAGAGGAUAAUCAGAGAUGCUGAAAAUUAAAGGAAGUUUUAAUGGCCUGUCAUCUUUCCCAGGUGGCACUAGUGGUAAAGAACCCACCUGCCAGUGCAGGAGACGUAGGCGACCCAGGUUCAGUCCUUGGGUGGAGAAGAUCCGUGGAGGAGGGCAUGGCAGCCCACUCCAGUGUUCUCGCCUGGAGAACCCCAUGGACAGAGGAGUGUGGCAGGCUCUAGUCCAUGGGGUCACAAAGAGUUGGACACGACUAAAGUGACUUAGCACGUCACCUUUUUUAGGACUGGAUCUCAGAGUUAGAGGAAAACCUAAGAAUAUGCUUAUAAAAUGUUCAAAUGACAUUAAAGCAGGAAGUCAUAGCUAUUAUUGGAUGAUAGCAUUUGUGAAUUUAACUGUCUAAAGUAUGUGCAGAAAUUCACAAAGUGAAAGAACACGUAUGUAAAUUCAGGAAGGUUGAAACUUAAGCUGAAUAGGUAGAGUAAAAAGUACCUAGAUACACUAGUUGACUGUAUUUUAUAGUUACUGGUUAGCAAAUGACAGGCCUGCCACAAAAGCUAAUGUAAUGUGAGGCAGCAUUUAUAUAACUAGGAUAAAUAGGAAAAGAUGGUGACAGACUUACUGUACUUUAUUUCUGUAGGCUGCUUGCUCUAAAUACAAAGUUAACUAGAAAGUCUAAUUUAUAUUCCACCUGGACAGCCAGGUGGGUAUUUCAGUAGGAAGACUUGAGCUUAUUUUCUGAAAGAAAAUGGGUCCUCUGGGAAAUAGCCCUGCCAUCACUAGAAAUAGUAAAGUGGUCUUCCUGGCUAUUAGGAAUGUUUGAGGUUUAGAGCCAGUUACUUUUAAAAUCCCUACUGUGCAGAAUAUUACUGCGCCACUUAGUUCUAAAGGAAGAAGGAAAAGAGAUAAGAGAAGUUUUGAAAUUGAUCCACCUCAUUCUAUUUUGUCUUUGCUGCCCAUUAGUUUCAGAAAACCUCAAAGAGCUGUGUAUUUGUUUAAGGAAUGGAGGCUUAACAGACCUUUGGAAGGUUAAUACAGUUCCUUCCCUAUCAGGACAGAUUUCCCAUGUCAGAGGCAAUUAAGUGUGGCCACAAAUUUGGAAGCCAGUGAUUGGGUAGGAUUCAGUUGUGCGGACAUGCUCAGCCGCUUCCUUCAGUCAUGGCUGACUCUCUGCGACCCUAUGGACUAUACAGGCAAGAAUACUGGGGCGGGUUGCCAUUUCCUUCUCCAGGGGAUCUUCCUGACCUAGGGAUCGAACCCUGGGUAGAUCCUGCAUUGAAGGGAAAUUCUUUACCACUGAGUUACCCGGGAAGCCCCAGAAUUUGGUCAUGCAGAGUUAAAGGACUGAGAAGCCACGCUCUGGUUAGAGGAAAUGCUGUGAACCACUGGAAGUAUAUGGUACGGAUGGCUACAUUUGAUUGGUGCGUAAAACAUUUGAAGAUAACAGAGAAAAGAUGGUAGAUUCGUUAGAGACCAGAUAUAUUAGGAAGGUAACGAAGGUCUGAAUUAGGCAAUAGAGAUGAGGAAAGGGGCUUCCUAGGUGGCGCUAGCAGUAAAGAGCCUGCCUGCCAGUGCCAGAGAUACUAGAGACAUAGAUUCGAUCUCUGGGUUGGGAAGAUCCCCUGGGGAAGGUAAUGCCAAUCCACUCCAGUAUUCUUGCCUGGAGAAUCCCAUGGACAGAGGAGCCUGGUGGGCUACAGUCCAUGAGGUCACAAAAAGACUGAAGCGAUUUGAUGUGCUCACACUUAAAAAAGGAAAGAAUGGUUAUCAGAAGGUAAGACUUAAAGAAUUCUGCUACUGAUUAGGUAUGACAGGGAAACAGUCAAAUUUGACUUUGUCAGACCUAACUGAAGGAAUAGUGGUACCAUUACUAGUAUUACUGAAAUAAUUGGUUUGGGAAGAAGAAAAUAGUAAUGAGAUUUUGCUUUGAGCCAAAGAGCCAGUGGAAGGUCAAGGUGGAAAUGCUCAGGUUACAGCUCUGCCUGCAAACCUGCAGCCUGGUGGAGAAGUUAAGGCUAGAGAGGAUUGAAGAACCUUUUAUUUAUUUGUUUCUUUAUUUAUAUUAUUAUUUUACUCUAGAAUUCAGGCUUUAGGAAAGGCUCUAGUUUUCUAGGAGCAGAGUAGUGGAAAGGGGGCAGGUCAGGACCUUGGGCAACACUAUCUACAUUUAGAGAACGAGAGAAACUUUGAAGAAGAUAAGUGGUCUUAGAGACUAGAAGAUUCUAAGAAUAUUAAUUCUCACUCAAAAAGAAGGGAAGAUGUUUGAAUCUCUAUUUGAAAAAAUUUCAGGUUUACAGAAAAAUUAUAAGACAAAUACUGUUGACCCUUGAACAAUGCCGGGAUAAGGGGGUAACCAACCUUCUAUGCGUGAAAAUUCCCAUGUAACUUAUAGUCAGCUCUCCAUAGCCACAGAGUUCCUCCAUAUCUGUGGUUUUGUAUACGUGGGUUCAACCAACCAUAGACUGUAUAUUGCAGUAGUAUGACUAUUGGAAAAAUCCACAUAUGAAGUGGACCUGCACAGUUCAAAUCCAUAUUGUUCAGGAGUCAGCUGUACAAAAGCGUUUCAGUAAUCUUAACAAAUUUGACAUUUGUUAGCAUUUAGUCACACUUGCUUUAUCAUCCUAACAUACUGUUUAGGAACUAUUUAAGAGUAACUUGCAGAUAUCUUGUUCAUUAAUUCCAAAACACUUUAGCAUAUAUUUCCUAUUAUGUAAAAAUAGUAUAGCUACCAAAUUCAGAUUUGUUACACUUAACUAAUAUGUAGCAUACAGUUCAUGUACACAUUCUGUUGGUUGUCCCAGUAAUGUCCUUCAUGACCAUUUUUUACCUGAUCAAAGAGCCUAAAAAGAUGACAGAUUACAUUUAAUUAUGAAACAUUUGUCUUUUUUCCUCCUGUCUUAUGUAAAUAAAUACUGUAUAAGUCUUCUUUAAGAUUGUUUAAAUAGUCACUAAAAAAGGAAGUGCCAGUGUUCUGCUUGAAUAACAGGGGAAAAUGCAUCUGCCUUUUUACAGACGCAUGUCUUUUUACAGUCUAUGUUACAGGGGUUGGGAAAGAGAGUGAUGAAAGGGUGUGCUGACUAGGAUCCAGCUAAAACAACUACUGGGAAGGAGAAGUGUUUAAGAAGAGUCCUAUUUCCUAAAGUUUAGUGGGGACUGGCCAAGGAAGGAGAACAUGCGGAUAUCAAUGAGGGUGUAUCCCUUACGAGAGAAACUGAGGUAUAUUCAUACACCAGCUUUUUCUGUACUCUGGUUUUUAUACAUAUGCAUUAAGCUGGGAUUUUAAUUAUCUUAAGUAGAAAAAAAUAGUAUAAUUUGAAGACAUUCUUACUCACCACUUAGGUUUACAAAAUACGUGAUUGCUGUCCUUUAUAGUCUGAUUUAUCCUCCCAGUUUUAUUGUGAUAGUUGCCUAAGGUGGCUUGUUUCCUGCCAGAUGUUUAACCAUAGAUCUGUAUCUCAUUGUCUGAAGUGGUAUUUCAGUGGAUCCUAAGCAUUUGUUCUCCUGUCAGCUUUUCUGUGACUAACGGAAAUGGGACACUUGACAUGCUGAUACUGUUUUCAGCACGUGACUGGACUUCAGAAUUGGUGACGAGAAAUUAUUAACUGUUCAUUGAUUAUGAUAUGUUUCUUUGUGCAUGUGCUUACUGCCUUCCUCUUUAGUUAGUAAAUUUUCUCCAUAGAAGUCACCACAACCUACCUACACUGAAAGGUCAUGAUAGUUAUUUUUAGGAUGAAACUUGAAAAGUAGUUUUAAAACAUGGAAAUAGUUGGUAAGGUCUCUUUAUUGUUGUUGAUAUUAAUUGUUUAACUUUUCACGAAUAGAUUUUAAGUAAAUCAAACCCUUGAACAGAACAAUGUGUGUAUGAUAUGCUAAACCCAUCUCUUGUUUUUUUUCCUACAGAAUCUAGAACUCUGUAGCAAAGCUUUUUAAGAAAAGACUCAUACUGAAUUUGUUCAGAUGACAAGGAAAUUCAAAUAUAACCUGAAAUUGUUGAAUCAGAUCAAACAUACAAUAACUGUUUGGAGGUUUUUUCCAUUCUAGUUCCUAACAGUUUAAAAAUAUGAAUUCAUACCUCUUCUAUGUACUGAAACCUGCAGAUAGUUUUGGCAGCCUAUUGAGGAGAAAGAAAUAUUAAGUAGAAUUACUUUAAUAUUUUUAUUUUCAGCAAGAUUUGGGUUGGUAGGUAGUUAGACAAGAGAAAUGACUGAUUCCAUUCCAGCUGACAUUCUUUGUGUGUGUGCAUGUACUUGUACGAAUAUUCUAAAUCAUGCAAAUCAGGAAAUGUGUUAGAUUUUUGUGAUUGCCAUAGAUCAUUUAUAUGCAUUUGCUUACCAGAAGUUAGCUUCUAUGUUUAGGUUUCACUUGACCACUUCUAAAAUAUUUUCCACAUUUGACAAGUAAAUUUUAGAUAGAUGGCAAUAAUUUAGAAUAUGUAUUCAUUGAUAAAUAUCCUCAGGUGGCAUUUUUAUGCUUUUUGUUUCCUGGUUAUUGUCAAAGUGUAAAGACUUUGGUUAUAAGUAGGAAAAGAUUUGGAGGGUGCUCAUGGUAUUUUUUUCAGUUUUUAAUUUAAUUGUGAUAUUUGGCAUGGAAAUAGUGGUGGUGUAACCUAUAUCCUGGAAGCCAGAAACAUCUUUCUACAUGUCUACUUGGUGGUAAUAUCGAGGUAAAGAAGUAUUCUCCUUCUAGCCCUGUGCACUAUUAGAAGGAGAACAAGAAGGGAAAAAAGAGUUGUUGUGUCUGACUAAUCCCACUCCUGUUCACAGUGUCUAUUAACCAUUAAUUUUCAGAAAAUUUCUGUAUUUACAGCAGCUGUUUCUUAGAUAUUACUAACUUAGUCCAGAAAAUGUUGCUAAAUACAUGUCUGGAAUGGUCAUGACAUAGUUUGUUUCACGAAAUUAGAUGUUUACUCUUAAAUAUAACGUGACGAUAUUUGAAACUUUGAGAACAGUUCUGUUUGCUUUAUGUUCUGUUCUUAACAAAGCUCAAAGUCAAAUAUGCAGCUUUCUGUUAACAAAGCCUGCAGAAUGUUCUUGCGUGUUUUUGAGUAAUACAUUGCUGGCUUCCACUUACUUUGUUUUUCCAUUUUUAUCUUCUCCCACCCCCAAUUUCAAUUUUUUGUUUUUUUGGUAUCCCGUAUAAACUUUUUUUGAACGAGAAGUGUAAAUCAUUGUGAGUAAAUGUGAUCGGCUGAUCUGUCUAUAACUACCCUGUUAAAGCUCUUUUUCCAAAGCUAUAUUAUUUUUAUAUGUUAAUUUCUUGAAACACUGUCUUUCCAGUAUUCUUAUUCUACUAGGUACAUUUGGACUGAUUUUUUUUCAUAAGUUUAUCUUUGAUAUUUCUAGCCUGAUUUCUCUUUUACAUAUGGAAAGUCCAUAUGUAAUAAUCAGGGGCAUGAGGGGUUGCUCCAUAUCCCCCCUUUCUCCAUUAAAAAAUAAGCAUUUCUGACCUUUUAUAGAAAAGCAAGCAUUGAUUGUUAUAAUGUGUAGGAAAUCUCAGAACAGGGUAGUGAACUUUUUAAAGAAUUGUUGUUUACGCUUUAAAAUGAAAUUUUGUACCAAAAGAAGCUAAGCACAUGCUAUCAAAUAGCAAGUUCCUUUAGGAACUCAUAUAUAGGUUUGUCUGAUUUCACUUAUAAGUUUUCAAAUGAUGACUUGGAAAUUGCAAAUGGUCCACCUCUUUGCCCCUAUGCUCACCCUUUUAUUCUGUUAAUCUAAGUUUGCCUUAAAAUUAGCUAAAUGAUGGUAAACUUUAGCCUGGUUCUUGCUGGGCUAAAAGAACAUUUAAUAGCUCAUUCUCAGUUUAGUAGAAAUUUUUUCCUCAGAAAUUAAAGAAUGAAGUGAUAACUAUAGGAAAUAUUCAAGAUUUGUUUUUGAUAGCAAUCUUGCCAGAGAUUCAAGAUUAUGAAUAACUUCUAAAUAAAUAUUCAUUUUUAGGAGAAUCUAAGUUAAAUUUUAAAGGAUAUCUAAUUAAUUAUAGCUGUUUUCAUCUACAAGCACUUCAUUUACUCAGUUUUAUUUCACAUUUUUAAUAAGAAUUUCCUACAUGUUAGAAUUUAGUGAUUGAAACUCUUCAGUUGUGAGCCUUGUUCUUGGUAGCAACUAAUUUUGAGAAUGCAUGCUUGGGGAAAAAUUGCCACAGAAGUUUUGUAUAUUUUUAAUGUGUACAACUUUUACAUCCUAAAUCUCCCAUACAUUUGUAUGGUGCGUGCAACCUUAAAGUACCAUUUUCAUAAGUGUCACAGUACAAAUAAUUAAAUCUGCUUUAAUGGCUGAUUUAAUUCUAUCUUUCAGAGAUUUUUUUUCCAGGCGAUACAGUGCUUUUUGUUAGUAGGUCCUUUACUAAAAGACCAAGUAGUCUGCCGUUUAAAUGACCAGUCCAUCAAAGUCUUGCAGACAGGCAGCUCAGCAGCGUUGCUGAUUACAUGGUUCACGAUGCGUUAAUUUGCUAAAUAUGGCUGUGUAUUGUAUCUUCUCAUGGGACCUGUCCCUCAAAAGAGUAAAUCAUUAAAGUAACUUCUUUUGUUUUUUAAAUUAUGGUAGUAUUUUGGUUGAUAGGAGAUGAGAGUUGCUUAAAAACAUUCUAAAAGCACAGUAGUGUUGAUGAAAUGACCACAACCUUCAACUAUUAUUUAUCCUAAUAAAUAUGGAUUUUUGCCUUCACCAGGUGAUUACAUUGUAAGGCUGUCCUUUGAAAAUAAAAUCUUUGAUUUUGUUGAAGUCAAAUGUGUUGUCAGGUUACAUUUGGAAAGAUUAUAUUUGUAAAUUAAAAAAAUUCAAGUAGACCUUCAGACUACAUAGAAGCCUUUUAAAUGACCGUGUGUAUUAAUAGAAAAUUUAGCAUUAAAAGUUAAAAUCUAUAACAACAUAACUCCAGCCCCCUAUAUUUGGGUCAAAUAUCUCUGGAGAUGGCUGCAGAGUUUCCUUUAUGAUGCUGUCUUUGAGUUUUUUAUAACUUUGCACAUUUAAUCUUCCUCAAUAAGGGCUUUCCUCUUUCCCCCUCCGCUUUUCCCCAUUAUGCCAUUUUAUUUAGGGGUUUAAUGUAGGCAGAAAUGUGCCCAUAAAUGUUUGGGUUGCCUUUUUAUGGAUUACUGCCGACUAAAAAUAUAAAUAAGCAUUCUUAUCCAAAAAGAAAAUUCAAGCAGAAAAUGAUAACAUUACCUUCCAAUGAUUAAAACAGGUGCCCAAUUGAAAGCUUUUUUGAUAAAAAUUUAAUAACUUUAAGACUAUAUUCUCAAUGAAGUAAUUUUUACAAUUAUUUAAUCUUCCCAUCCCCAUAUUUUCCUCCAUGCGCAUAGCGACUUAGCAGCAGCAUCAGCAAACACAGAUGAGGAGCAGGAUUACUUUUGAGUAGGAUACGUUGUUACAUCUGUUACAUAAAACACGUACUGAAAUUUUAUUCUUUCCGUCGUGUUGUCUAAUUUUUAAACUGGGGAUGAUAAAGAUAGACUUGGAUUUAGGUAUUAAGUUGAAUGCUGUCUUGAGCAUUUAAUGAUUGAUACAGAUUAUUACUGAUCCAGCCACCUGUGCUGUGUAAGUCUAGAAACUGAUACGGUUGUGGACCAAGCAAUAUAACUCAAGUGCCAUUCUGCAGAACUACAAAGCUCUCUAUACCAGGUUAUGGUGUUAAAUCAUAAUUUCUGGAUCAUGAUCUUAAACCUUUGAUGGGUUCCAUUUCUACUUGACUCUUUACUGACAAGUAUUCCUGAUGGCCUGAAAGUCCAUGUUAUUUAAAGCUUGAAGUAUCCAGAUCAAAUAUGAAAUUAUUUUACAUUUAAAAAAAGUUAAGUACAAAAUAUCAGUUGUGUAAUCAUGGUAGAACAUAAACCUUUGCUAUAAAAGAUUUUUAAAGGCUAUUUGAUUAAAACACUUAUUUACUUAAACU